AGAAAAAAAAAUGAAUAUCACGUGGUGCCCACACUGUCCACAGAAUGGUCUCCAGCUGAAUUUUCAUUUUAGAGAAAACCACUACUAUUUAUUUUCAAAUUACCGCUGUGAUGUAAACGUAUAGGUGUUAAGAUAUUAUUUACUUUAAAAAACGUCACGUCAAUAGCAAAAACAGGGCAAGUGAUGUGAGUUAACGUUUUUACUUGUCUAAUAUUUAUUGACAUAUCGGUUCUUAAGUUAUCUACAAUGAGGUGUCACUACGAAGUUCUUGGUGUCAAACGGGAUGCUGGAGAUGAUGAUCUGAAGAAAGCUUAUCGUAAAUUAGCACUGAAGUGGCAUCCAGAUAAGAACCUGGACGAUGCCGAGGAAGCUGCGGAACAAUUCAAGCUGAUUCAGGCCGCGUAUGAUGUUCUCAGUGAUCCACAAGAGAGAGCCUGGUAUGACAAUCAUAGGGAAGCUUUGCUCAAAGGUGGCCUCAGCGGAGAUUAUAAAGAUGACAGCAUAGACCUGCUUCAGUACUUCACUGUCACUUGUUACUCUGGCUAUGGAGAUGAUGAAAAGGGCUUUUACACAGUCUAUAGAAAUCUAUUUGAGCUCAUUGUAAAGGAGGAGAUGGAGCAUACCAAGGAGGAACUUGAGGAAUAUGCAUUUCCAUCUUUUGGAGAUUCUCAAAGCGAUUAUGAUACUGUGGUGCACAUAUUUUAUGCUUAUUGGCAAAGUUUUUGCACACGAAAAAACUUUGCCUGGAAAGAAGAGUAUGAUACAAGGCAGGCAUCAAAUCGCUGGGAAAAAAGAGCUAUGGAAAAGGAGAACAAGAAGACCAGAGAAAAAGCUAGAAAGGAACGUAAUGAGCUUGUACGUCAACUAGUGGCCUUUGUGCGGAAGCGUGACCGGCGGGUACAGGCUCACAGAAAGUUGGUUGAGGAACAAAAUGCUGAGAAGACCAAGAAGGUUGAAGAGCUGCGGCGUAAGCAGAAACUUGACCAAGCCAAGCUGGCCGAAGAAUACAAGGAGCAGAGUUGGGCCGCCAUGUCUGAACUGGAGAAAGAACUGCAGCAGAUGGAGGCUGAGUAUGGAGAGGAGUUUGGAGAUGCAUCAGAAAGUGAGGAAGACGGCCUGGAUGUGGAUACACGAGAAAAAGAUGCUGAGGAGCUUGAUGUGGAUGAGCUAACCCUUGAUGAUUUUGACUUAUACUGCCUAGCCUGUGAUAAAUCCUUCAAAUCAGAUAAAGCUAAAAUGAACCAUGAAAAAUCCAAAAAGCAUCGGGAGAUGGUGGCAUUGCUACGGCAACAGUUGGAGGAGGACGAUGACUCACUCGGCUUGAAGCUAAAUGAAGAAGAACAGGAAGGGGAAAAUGAGAAUGAAGAGAACGAGGAGGAGGAGGAGGAGGAGGAGGAGGAUGAAGAUAAACCCAGGCAAAAACUUUCCAAAAAGCAGAAGAGAAAAAAGAAACUACAGAAUGCGACCCAUAAGCAGAGCACUCCAAAGGAUGAAGUCCAGCCUAAGAUAACUACAUCAAGUGUCAAAGGCCCUGAAGAAACCAAAGAACCCACACAGUCCGAAGAGCAGGGAGAGCCUGCUCCCCCUCAGGCCAAGAGUUCUGGAAAAAUAAAAGCAAAAAAAGGAGUACUAAAAGAUGCAAUGAAACCUACGAUGGCACAAAAUGGAGAACAAAAUAAAGAGAAAGAAGUAGACUUCCGCUGUGUGACCUGUAACAAUGAGUUUCCAACACGAAAUAAGUUAUUCGACCAUCUUAGAAUCAGUGGCCAUGCCACGGCACUUUCUCAGAACGUUGUUCACAGUUCCUCUGGUAAAAACAAGAAAGACAAGAGGAAAAACAGAUAACAUACCGCCACCAUCUUCGUGAUGGUAUGAAACUGUUUCAUAAAGAGUCACAGAGGAAGAAACUGUAUUUUAAUGGACCACACUGGUAAACCAUCACAAUUUAAAGGAAUCUUGUUGAACAUAAAAGUAUGUACACAUGUGACACAGUUCUGAAAGACAUAAAGAACUUAUAUUUGCAAUUCUUAUGAAUAAAGUGACUUGUGAGGCAAUACUCUUCA